CUGGGGAGGAUCGCGGGGUAUCCCUUCUACCUCGUCUAUGCGGUAUUCAGAAGGAUGUUCGGGAAAUCGGCUCCAGCCAUCACCUUGGAGAACGCCGACAUCAAGUACCCCCUGAGGCUCAUCGAUAAAGAGGUCAUCAGCCAUGACACCCGCCGCUUCCGUUUUGCACUGCCGUCUCCAGACCACGUCCUGGGUCUCCCCAUUGGACAACACAUUUACCUGUCGGCCCGGAUAGACGGGAACCUGGUGGUCCGGCCUUACACCCCGGUGUCCAGCGACGACGACAAAGGCUUCGUGGAUCUGGUGGUGAAGAUUUACUUUAAGAACAUUCACCCCAAAUUUCCAGAGGGCGGCAAAAUGUCGCAGUACUUAGAAGGGCUGAGAAUAGGGGAGACCAUCGACUUCAGAGGACCCAGCGGGCUGCUGACCUACAGCGGAAAGGGAACCUUCCAGAUCCGUCCAGACAAGAAAUCCCAACCGGUGACCAAGAAGGUGAAGCAGCUGGGAAUGAUCGCCGGUGGGACAGGGAUAACCCCAAUGCUCCAGCUCAUCCGCGCCGUCCUAAAGGACAAAGACGACCAGACCGUGUGUUAUCUGCUCUUUGCUAAUCAGACUGAGAAGGACAUUCUGUUACGGGACGAGCUGGAGGAGAUCCGGGCCAACCAUCCCGCCUUCAAGCUGUGGUACACCCUGGACCGGGCCCCUGAGCAAUGGGAUUACAGCCAGGGCUUCGUCAAUGAGGAUAUGAUCAAAAGCUUCAUGCCCCCUCCGGGGGACGACGUCCUGAUCCUAAUGUGCGGGCCGCCCCCCAUGGUCCAGUACGCCAUUAACCCCAGCCUGGACAAGCUGGGCUACUCCCAGGACCGGAGAUUUGCCUACUAGGCCCAAAGUAUCGGAAAAAGGGCAAAGCCAUCGCGUAACCGGGAGCAGAGAGAAUGUUUCCUGACCGCCCCCCCGCCUGCGUUUUUGUCUCGUCAGUUUAUAUAUCUAUUGGCCUUCAGGGGGCGUUGUUGUGACAGGCGGCGGUGGUGACCAUUUAAGGCGUCUUAAAGGGGCAGGCACAGGGUUUGUUAUGAUGCACUAAGCAGUGUUUAUGGUCUCGUUCUUAUAAACCAAAUGUAAGUGAUUUGUAGAACUGAAAGUCUAUGCUGGAAGUUGUAGUCCUCCUUUUUAUGUUUUUGAAUUUUGCACAGAUGAUAUGUGGGGGGAUGGGGGAUUCACUGCACCCGAAACGCGUCGGCUUUAGCGUCUGCUACUCGUCACAACGCGCCUCAGUUUAGCUUUUUUUUACCCAGAAUUCCUCACGUUAAUCGCCACUAAGCCCCGCCCCCAUUCUAUUUGCACUACAGCCAGUCUAUCCGGUCUCCUCGGACGUACAGAUCUUUCUGACUUGUGCCUCGGCCUUUUUACCUUUUUUCCGUGUGUACAAUGUAUUUUUUAUUCUUUCAUCAUAAAUAAAUGAGACUUUGAAGUGA